UUCUAGCUGAUGCCAUUUCAACUCUCCGGUGUCGCUCGCGCAUGCGCACUAACUGCGGCAGUUUCCAGUGAAGAAAUCAGGACGAGAAACGGGACGGCGAUGGGACGGGUGUUAUUAUCGUUCAGUUUAGCCGCUAUAACAGCCUGUGUGACUAGUACGAUUGAAAAUAUGACAUUACAACUUGUGUGAGUGUUUUGUCCUACUUGUCAGGUUGUGUACGCGCAGAGAAAAAGGAAAAGUUCGGGGUUUUAUCUUGAGAGGAAACAGCAGCAGCAGGGCGGUGGGAAACGAAGCGACAGUCAUGGAAGGUUUUGGAUCGGCGCUGGAGAAAAACGUGGCGGAUUUAACCGUGAUGGACGUGUACGACAUAGCGGCUGUGGUGGGUCAGGAGUUUGAGCGGAUUAUAGAUCAGUACGGGUGUGAAGCCUUGGCGAGACUCAUGCCCAAAGUUGUGCGGGUUUUGGAGAUCCUGGAGGUGUUGGUGAGCCGCAAUAGCAUCAGUCCGGAGACCGAGGAGCUGCGGCUGGAGCUGGAUAAACUCCGCCUGGAGCGACUGGACCGCCUGGAGAGGGAAAAGAAACACAAAAAGGAGCUGGAGUUGGUCGAGGAUGUGUGGCGAGGGGAAGCCCAAGACUUGUUGUCUCAGAUUGCCCAGCUGCAAGAGGAAAACAAGACCCUCCUCAACAACCUGUCACUCAAGGACUGCCCAAUGACAGAAGAGGAUGUUCAGAGACAGGAAGGUAUGUCAGAAAGGGAGAGGCAAGUGAUGAAAAAGUUAAAGGAGGUGGUGGAUAAGCAGAGGGAUGAGAUUCGCGCCAAGGAUCGAGAACUAACCCUGAAGAAUGAAGACAUCGAAGCACUGCAGCAGCAACAGAACCGGCUGAUGAAAAUUAACCACGAUCUGAGGCACAAGAUCACAGUGGUGGAGGCGCAAGGCAAAGCUCUGAUCGAGCAGAAGGUGGAGCUUGAGGCGUUCGCCCAGGCCAGGCAACAGGAGCUGGUGAGCCUGAGACAAGAAGUGGCACGACUCCGAGAGCGUCAUCAGGGAGAGCAGAAAAGCCCUGAAACUGAGGAGCCACCUGCUCCACCAUCACCUGCACAGAAUUUACUCCCCAAGCCUGUGCUAUCAUGCGAUCCUCCACUGUUCCUGGCUCCACAUGACCACCAAGUGCUUACAGAUGAAGAUGAGGAUGAUGUGGAAGAAGAGGAGGAAGAGGAUGUGUUGUUAUGGGAAGCGUUGUGUGAGGAAGAAGUGGGUUUCGAUCCAAAAGAUCCAAACCGACCACGUUUCACUCUGCAAGAGCUGCGAGAUGUCCUGCAUGAGAGGAAUGAGCUGAAGGCCAAAGUGUUCAUGCUGCAAGAGGAAAUUGCAUAUUACAAAAGUGAAGAGCAGGAAGAUGAUGCACACCCACCCACUCCGGACCCUUCACCUACGCUCAGGACCCGCUCCAGAACCAGUGCUCAACCAGAGUCUGGCAUAAAGCGCUUGUUUAGCUUCUUCUCCCGUGACAAGAGGCGCAGCUCGCAGAAGGGCAUGGCCCAGUUUGACGACAGCUACAGCCCGUGGUCCCGCAAAGACGACGUGUAUACAGAACAAGCCCAGGAAGCUUUACAGCACAUGUAACACACUGAACACUGAAAGCACAAAGGACCCUCUAAUCCCUAACCCACUGCAAUGUCAUGAGCAAUACAUACACUCCAAUGUUACAGUCACAUUUCCCAGCAAGCUGUUAUUAGUGGAUAAAGACAGAAGGGAAAUGGGACAGCUUAAACAUGCGUAUGUCUACACAACACUUCUAAUGUUGGCAUCUCUAAAGGUUGGGAUGUCGAGCUUAAUUUUAAGUUGUUUUCUGUGCAAAGAUACUAUAUGCAAAGAGUCAUGUUUCCAGUCAUGAGGAGAGCAAAGGAGGCCAUGUUGAUAUGCCUUGAGUAGAAUUGUGAUUAAGGUGCUUUAUCAUGUUCGUAAAUUCAAAUUGAAUAAUGAAAUGAGGCAGUGCUUAAUGAAAGCUAACCCGGUUUUAUUGUCAUAAAGAAUGCCCAUAAUGGGAUUGUGCAUUGCCAAUAAAAGGUGGCGUUUUCCAGGUUUAAACCUACAUUUUGCACAGUAAUUAUGAGGAAAAAAACAUGGAAUAUGUAGGUGUGUGUGUUAUUACCAAGUUCUGCUAUAUAAAUGAUAAACGAGUGUCUGGGCAUUCCAGACUCUCCCAAGAGUCACAUCAGCAAAUGUCCCACACCAGCUGUUCUGCAUUCUUAUCACGUGUGGUGCUUAUACUGGCAGUUCCUUGAGUUGUUUAGUCAAAGCAUGAAAAUGCCAACGCAGUUCCAGCAACAUGGUGACAAACGCUUCUUUGUGAGCAUGGAAUCCUUGCCAGUGAUUUUACUCAUUUUUUAAAAAAAUUAUGCAUCCUGUGUGGUUGUAAAAGCUUUCAGGAGUUUCUUUAUGAUGAAUGUACCACACUACAGAUCUUUAAUGAAGGAUAACGAAGAAUGCUGCAUAAUUUCAUCUCAUUGGCCAUUAAAAUAUUUGAUACAUCA